AAGUCACAGUCGUUGUUAAUUCUGGUUCGUUUGGACCAUUUUCCUCUUUGGUUGUGAUAUUUGUAAAAAAAAAAUAAUAAUAAUAGUACUCUCAACGUGGUCAGUUAUAGCGUGUUCCGACUUGGAGUGGCGGCUGUGCGGACGUAUGAUUUCUCCGAGGCAUUUUUUUAAAUGUUUUUUUGCACUGGCCCAUUUUUUUUUUGGACAAACUGAAUCUUUAACUUUUUGAACAUAUCGUAACCUGUUUACAUAUUAGCUGGAAGCAGAGGACAGCUCCGAGGGUUCAAGAUGUCUGUAGCGGGUUUGAAGAAGCAAUUUUACAAAGCCAGUCAGAUGGUAAGUGAGAAAGUCGGUGGAGCAGAAGGAACCAAACUAGAUGAUGACUUCAGAGACUUGGAACGGAAAGUUGAUGUAACCAGUAAAGCUGUAGUAGAUGUGAUCUCCAAGACCUCAGAGUACCUCCAACCCAACCCAGCCUCCCGGGCCAAACUGUCCAUGUUAAACACCAUGUCCAAGAUCCGUGGGCAGGUAAAGAACCCAGGAUAUCCUCAAGCCGAGGGGCUGCUGGGAGAGUGCAUGGCUAAGUACGGGCGGGAACUCGGAGAAGACACUAACUUUGGCACAGCGCUAGUGGACGUUGGAGAGGCCAUGAAGAGAUUAGCAGAAGUAAAAGACUCUCUCGACAUCGAUGUAAAACAGAACUUUAUUGAUCCACUGCAAGGGCUGUAUGACAAGGAACUCAGAGAAAUACAACACCAUCUGAAAAAGCUUGAAGGCCGCCGACUUGAUUACGACUACAAGAAGAAGCGACAGGGCAAGAUCCCAGAUGAGGAACUUCGACAGGCUCUGGAGAAGUUUCAUGAGUCAAAGGAAGUGGCUGAAACCAGCAUGUACAACCUGCUAGAGACUGACAUAGAGCAAGUGAGCCAGCUUUCAUCCCUGGUGGAGUCCCAGCUUCAAUAUCACAAACAAGCUGUGCAAGUGCUGGAAGAGCUUUCUGACAAGCUGCGUGACAGGAUGAACGAAGCUCAGUCUAGACCAAGACGAGAAUACACACCUAAACCUAAACCUAUCUACGACUUUGGAGACAACAACCAUUCAAAUGGUGGCUACUCGAGCUCAAUGGCUCCUCCUCCAUCACGCAGCACAGAUCUGCCAUUUCUCUUGUCCUUUCGGAAACCAGGAUUGUCUCUAGAGCAACCGAGCUGCAAGGCGCUGUACGACUUCGAUCCAGAGAACGAGGGAGAGCUGGGCUUCCACGAGGGUGACAUCAUCACCCUGACCAAUCAGAUCGAUGAAAACUGGUAUGAGGGCAUGCUGAAUGGCCAGUCUGGGUUCUUCCCUCUCAAUUACGUUGAAGUCCUUGUUCCGUUGCCACACUAAUACAACAAAAAGGCUACAAGGAGACUGACAGAAGAGAAAGAGAGCAGAAAUGGUGAGGAGCAAGACAAGUAAUGGUCCACAAAGGUUUCUUUUUCACUCUUAGCUCCAUCGUCAUCGUCACGAAUGAGCACUUUUGUCAACACAAGAUCUGGAUAUGAUGUCAAACCAGAAUAUUCACCUGGUUUAUCAAAACGUAAGAUGAUUCAAAGGAGAACAUAGACAUUUUUAUGCUUCACCUGAAAGUAAGAAGAAUUUCUUAAGGACAAACAAAUGACUGUUGUAAGCAAUAAUAUUUCUUUAUAGAUCAGCCAUACAGAAAAAAAAAAAAACUUGUUUUAAAAAGCAGUAACUGGGAUG